AGAAAACGGAUGAAAAAUGAUCAAAAUACAGCUGUGGCGAGCUACACUUCAAACGCGCAGUCGGCUGUUCUUUCCUCACAUCAGUGGUCACGCGCCCAGUCCGUCUCUGCACAUUAAUUAUUCUCCACACAUUAAUGCGUUUUUCCGCGGUGCCCGCUGUUUUAAUGCGUUUUCCGAGUUUCUUACAAAUAAUUCAAUCUGUCUCGGGCGCGUGAUGCACCGCAAAUUGAAAGAUGGCGCGAAAGAGCUCUUGAGUCAGGUGCACACACCUCCUCCGGCAAAAACUACGCACUCAGCUCUGUCUGCCUCAGACCGAACCGUUUUAGGCGCAGGGAAGGGAUAGGCGCAUAAUCUCAACGCGACGGCACGUCCAGCUCCUCGGCAUUAACAAGGAAGACGCGCGAAGGACUGCCAUCCAUGAGCUGUCGUGUCCAGUGACCCGCUGGCGAUGGGAUCUGACCGGCAUACUGAUCCGCUCCGCCAGCAGCGUCAGCAGCACCGGAGAGCGCGACAGACGCAAGAACGCCUCGCGCGCCGCUUCGGUUUUCGUUAGAGUUGCUCUUUUUUUUUUUUUUUUUGCAUUUGUAGUAUUUUGAUGUUGGUCUCGUCGUCGCGCAUGCGUUGCGGUGUAGUUGAAUUUUCUGGAGCGCUUCUUCAGACUAAGUUUGGGCUGCUGCUUCUCGGUCGAUGAUGAGAGGGAUGCUGAUCGCUCGGGAUCACUGGCGCGCGGGGAUCCUGUGUCUCCUUGUGCUCGUGGCUUUGACGGUGGGUCGUAGUCCGCCAGCGCACAGCGUAAACGAACCAAGCAACAUGUCAUAUGUCAAAGUUACUGUGGAUAAACUACUCAAAGGCUACGACAUCCGUCUCAGGCCUGACUUUGGAGGUCCUCCGGUUGAUGUCGUUAUGAGUAUCGACAUCGCCAGUAUCGACAUGGUGUCGGAAGUGAACAUGGACUAUACCAUCACCAUGUAUUUCCAGCAGUCUUGGCGUGAUAAGCGCCUGUCUUACACAGGGAUUCCUCUAAAUCUUACCUUGGAUAACCGAGUGGCUGAUCAACUCUGGGUGCCUGAUACUUACUUUAUAAAUGACAAGAAAUCUUUUGUCCAUGGGGUCACAGUGAAGAACCGCAUGAUUCGCCUGCAUCCUGAUGGGACUGUGCUCUACGGCCUCAGGAUAACUACCACAGCUGCUUGUAUGAUGGAUUUGCGCAGAUACCCGCUGGAUGAGCAGAACUGCACGCUGGAGAUUGAAAGUUAUGGCUACACCACAGAUGACAUUGAGUUCUACUGGCAAGGAGGAAGUUCGGUGACGGGGGUGGACAACAUUGAGCUGCCGCAAUUCUCUAUUAUUGAUUAUAAAACACUGUCCACGAAAGCGGUGUUUGCCACAGGGUCAUAUCCUCGUCUUUCUCUCAGUUUUAAACUGAAGAGAAACAUUGGCUAUUUCAUCCUGCAGACCUACAUGCCCUCAACAUUGAUCACCAUCCUGUCCUGGGUUUCUUUCUGGAUCAACUAUGAUGCUUCCGCUGCAAGAGUUGCGCUAGGAAUCACCACCGUUCUGACUAUGACCACAAUCAACACUCAUCUUAGGGAGACUUUACCUAAGAUCCCUUAUGUGAAGGCCAUAGACAUCUAUCUGAUGGGCUGCUUUGUCUUUGUGUUCCUGGCCUUGCUCGAGUAUGCCUUCGUCAACUACAUAUUCUUCGGCCGUGGUCCACACUUACAGAAGAAAGUGGCAGAAAAGGCUGCAAAAAGCAACAAUGAAAAGAUUCGCUUGGAGAGUAACAAAGUUCAGGUUGAUGUCCAUGGAAACAUUCCCCUGACAAACCUUGACCUGCGCCUUAGCGGAGCAGAGAUGUUAGGGGCUCUUGGGGACCCGAGGAACACCAUGUUCUCUUAUGAUAGCGCCAGCAUCCAAUACCGUAAGCCCCUUACAGGUCGGGACCUCUACGGCCGGCCCACUGCCUCUGUCGAGAGGCCAAUGGCACGAAAAAAGAGUCGUCUAAGGAGGCGAGCCGCUCAGCUAAAGGUGAAGAUUCCAGACCUGACAGACGUAAACGCCAUCGACAAGUGGUCACGUGUCAUCUUUCCCAUCACCUACACCUUCUUCAACUUAGUAUACUGGUUGUAUUAUGUCCACUAGGGAGCAGCACUGACUCGACCCAGCCAUUCUCACAUCAGGUCAGGCUCUCUUACCCUCGUGGCUUUGACUGUCAGUCAGACAGGAGGAGGAGGUGCAUUCUGUAGGUAGCAUUUCUCUGUAAAUUAUUAAACUAUAAAGAAUAUAUCAUAUGUUAUAAUUUUUAAAUAAGACUAACUACCCAACUUUUAAAGCUGUUUAAUGUAGAUUGUCACAAAGGUUAGUUUAAAAAUGUCACAGAUUUUUGCACUUUGCUCCUGCAGGAUCAGUUUCACUGACUGCAGAAAGUACAGCUUCACAAUGGAGAGAAAAAGGCUUUUUCGUAGAGACGACUGACCUGCAGCUGUAGACGAGCUUAAAUCUUUAAAACAGCAUUUGGAAGUUGUGUUCAUCAUCCAUCUCGCAUAUAUCGGAGGACUGAAGGUCUUAAAGGGAUGUUCUUGGUUUAUGUGAUAUAAAUUUCAUUACAACAGAAAAUAGUUUUGAAUAAUUAUUUUAUAAUAAAUAAUUGCAAUUUGGAAAAUAAUUACAAGUGACUUUUGUCUGGUACUUUGUGUUCUAAGCAUUUGGGUAUUUUUGUAGAAAACCAAUAGUCAUUUAGUAGAGUGAUUUUUUUUUUCUGUUUGAGGUCAAUAUGACCCUGGCAAAUGCUUAGGAAGAUUAGUGAAGUGUCUAAUACUGUCUGGUAUUCCUGGUAUUAGUAUUUAAAAUGUGGCUACAGUAAGACACUUACAAUGGAAGUACAUGUGCCAGACAACUGAAAUAACAAUACCACCACAAGUUAUUCAUAUUGAUAUGCUCAUGGAUACCUGAACUCGCUGUAGUACUUCAUAGUACUUCACAAGUACAUUUACAUUUACAUUUACAUUUAGUCAUUUUGCAGGCGCUUUUAUCCAAAGCGACAAUUGA